AGUACAAGUGCUGCCUUGAAAAGUACAGCUGUGUACUUAAGUUACUGUUUGUACAGCAUGUCAGCACCAGUGACUAGUUAAACAAAUAGUGCAUUGUUAAUUAAUAUAAUCUCACCAUUAUAAAGAUGAAUCAUAUUUUCUAUGUUAGUGAGUUCAACCAGGGGAGACUCCCAAAACACUCCUUUCUUUUAAUUUCUUUUAAUUUACAAGCUAAAUGUUACCCUCAAAAAGAAAAGUACAUAACACAAAAUAACUAAACAAGCACAACUUUUAACACCAAAUGUGUCUUUUAUUCCGAAGGUUUUACAACAGGAAGUGGGCCUUUCAAAACAGUUCCGUUGGGUCCCGCCCCCUGCGUCUCACCUGAGAAGACUCACCUGAGAACCCGCAGUACCUGCCCGCACAGCGUCGGGAGAGCAGCCGACCAGGAGCGACCGGCGGCCCGCGGGGGAGGCGGAACUUGCACCUUUUGCCAUGGCGGAGUCCCAGCUGGUGUGCUUGGACGACGAGCACGUGAACGAGAAGAUCCCGGAGACCCAACCGGGCUUCUACUACAGCGAGGAGCAGCGCGCGGCCCUGGAGCAGCUCCUGAAGAACGGGGACGGCGCGUUCAAGAUGCGCCUCAAGGAGGACCACGUCAAGGACUUCCUCUCGGCCGGGGAGGUCGCGGUCCUCCGGAAGACGUUUCAGGAGUACGAGACGGACAGCGAGUCCGAGUCCGGAGAGCACGAGAAGGCCAAGGAGUCCCCCAGCGCGGACUCCGGGGUCCACUCCACCUACUGGCCCGAGAUGUCCGACACGGAGGUCCCACCUCUGGACAUCGGCUGGCCCGGCAGCAGCGGGGUCUACAAGGGGGUGACCCGGGUGUCCAUGUACUCCAACCCCCCCAAAGGGUCCGGGCCCCGCAUCAAGCAGGUGGUGAGGAGUCUCAUACAGGACGCGCACAAGGUGGUAGCCAUAGUCAUGGACUCCCUGACAGACCUGCAGAUCCUCCAGGACCUGCUGGAUGCCACGUCACGGCGCGGGGUGGCCGUCUACGCUCUGCUGGAGGCCCGGGGCGUGCCCCACUUCCUGGACAUGUGCACUCGGCUGCAGAUCAAUGCAGUGCAUCUGCGGAAUCUCCGUGUGCGGAUGGUGAGAGGUUCGGGGCUGGCCCUGUCAUUUGGGAAGCUGCCCGGGUCCCUGUGCUCUAAAUACAUGCUGGUGGACGGAGAGAAAGUCAUGUUUGGGUCUUACAGCUUCACCUGGAGCGCCUCUCGGAUGGACAGGAACACGAUCACCGUGAUGUCGGGGCAGAUCGUGGACUCCUUCGACAGCGACUUCAGGGAGUUGUACGCCGUGUCCGAGCAGGUGGACCUCUACACCGAGUUCAGCGUCACGAAGCCGCCGAUCGCGACGCCCAUCAGGAAGGUGGAGAAGAUCCAGCCUCUGCCCGUCUCCACGUCUCGCUUUCAAGUGUCCGUCGGGGACUCCAGACAGGUGGAACUCAAGGUACCUGCGCAUAAGUACCACAAUCCUAAGUACUCUUUAGUUUUCGGGAACAGCAUGGGCCACAGCGGUUCCAUGCAAGACCUUUCAACCCAGAGCGACUCGCUGAACGCGAGGAACGGCCUGAAUGCGAGGAACGGCCUGCAGAACCACGUCCUUCACGCCGGCAGGAACAGCGGGGACAAGGUGGACCGCGCCCCCCCACAGAGUCCCGGUGCACCCGCAGAGGACGACGACGUGGAUGGAAAGGGGGACUCGAAGAAGAACCAGCUCUUCGGAGCGAAGAAACAAAUCACCUCUUUCAGGCAUUUCUUGAAAUCCAGAGGAGCCGCAGAGACUUUAGUGGAAGGCGUGGUCACUCCUCAGAGCCCCGCCCCCAUCUAUAAGGCGUCGGAGACCAAUGGCGUCGCAGGAAUUGAGGCGGAGGACUCGUUCGAGGUCAUUGAGACACUGGGUCAAAUGAAACCCAAAACCAAGAAGCCCACAAAGCUCCUCCAGAGAAGUAUGUCUCUGCAGACCAUCAACACCGGAGACGACGGAUCGAAAGGCCGCCGGCGGCAUCAAAAGAAGAACUGCAUCCAGUCGUGAGAUCAGACACUCGUAAAAGUCCCGGCGUCCCGUCACUGAGACCCGGUGACGCCCUUGUCCUGUUGCACUCUGGGUAAGAGGUCCUGCUGGGAGCGACCGGCGAGAAGACGCUGUCGUUUAACUACUCGUGUGAGGACAAAAAAACUCCAGAGAAUCUCAACACUGAAGCCAAAGUGCUGCCGGAGGGAAAUUCCAUCGCAGUUGUUUUGUUUUGUUUUUUUCUAUAUUGUUGUUGUUUUUUUGUAUUAAAUUAAUACAAUAGAGUGGUUUUUUUAAAUUUUAUUUCUUUAUAUUUCAUGCUCGACCCUGAACUCCACAGAGCGGCCCAAGGCUGCGUCACCCCAGGUAGCGCGGGGGUAUUACAUCACACCUGGUUGCUAUGGAGACAGGAGAAGUGUUGAGCCGUGCCGUUUGUUCCCCCCCGAGUGUCGCCUUGCAGGGGACCCUCGGUAACAGAUUAAGUGUUGCACGGCCUGUGAAUAAUGUACGCCGUGCGGUGUUGAUGACACGCUGUGCGAGGACUUUGUAUGUUUACACUUUGGGUUUGUUUGUUCAGGAGAAAACAAGCGUUUUAAAAUGUGAAUCCCUGAGAACCACUUGAGAUCCUGCUUCUGUAGCAUAAAAGACAUGAAAAUAACAGAGUUUUGUGUGAUUUUGAAUGUCGAGUAAAAAGUCUCAGUUAAUGAAUGUGUGAACAAAAUGUCGGUUAUCUUUGCUCAAAGUUAAUCAGAAUUUAGACACAAAUCUAAGUUGCAUUCAGGUACAUCAUCAUCAUCAUCAUCAGCUCGAACACGUAUGACUAAAGACAAAGUCCAGUUCAUGUCUCACUUCAUGAUGAUUUGUGAUAUUUUCUUUAUUUCUUUUGAGCUUUUUUGUAAAUUUGAAUUCCUUGAUAAUGAUUUACAGAAAACUAUGUAUUAUGUCUUAAGGUCAGUAAAAUGUGUAUUUUCCUCUUUGCUCUAUAUCUGUGAUAGGUGUUGGCGAGGCACUAUCAUGAAGGUGUGUGUGUGUGUGUGUGUAUAUAGAUACAUCUCGACAUUUCUGUAUUUAGUUACCUUCAUCAAACACAAAAUUACUUUAUUUGCACAUAUUUCUCCUAAAUUUACCAAAAGUUACCAUUAAAUAACACCUCAUUUACAUAUUUAAACAUCACAUCUCAUAAAACGUGUAAUUCAAUAAACCCUCCUCUUAAUGUCAGUGGUGAAGUUUCAUGUGAUAUCUAUGAGGUCAUGUUUUGACCCAGAAAUCUCCACA